AUGCGUCGCCCCUCGGCAGACCUCACCGACCCUUCGCGCAAUCUAGAAGAGUCUGUUGGCUCACCAUCGUCAGCCAUGGAGGGAGCCGACGUUGACCUAUCCAUGCCCCCGACCUCCGACGAGGAGAUGGACGACACUGACGGCCGCAUCUUCACCCCGCCUCCGCACAUCGCCGCCCGCUUCUACCGGCCCUCCCAGACCCGUCGCAAGGACUCAGCAGCCUCUUCCCGCCGCAACUCCAUCUCUUCUGCACAUUCCCGCUGUUCCUCGACCCAGACCUUCACCCGCCAUGGAGACUCUGACCAGAGCAAGCACAUUGCACAGCACCUCCGGCGCACGUCCUUUCUCGAAGACCGAAAAGCACGCCUCGCCGACCGAGCUGCCCACGCCGAAAAGGUUCGUCUGAGAGCCGCCAUGGCCAAGGCCAGCCACCGCGACACCUCCCUAUCCGAAGAACGAGCCAUUGCUGCCCAACAAGCCCGGGAGCGCAACCUAGCCGAGAUCGUGGCUUCCUGUGCCGAGGAGGUCAAGAGGGCCAAGGCCGUUGCCGAGACCAUGAAGGGCAAGAGAGAACAGGAACUGGUCAAGCUCCGCGUUCAGAUGGAAGAACGUUUGGCCGAGGCCGAGCGGCGGAGAGAAGAGCUAAAGGGCCGUAAUGCCACCAAGAGGGCGCGAGGCCAGAGUCUCAUGUCGCGGAAGCCCGCCGAGGCCUCUUCGAAUACCUCUGACGAGAAGCGUGCUCGGGUGUUGAGCGAGCCUGAAGCAGCCGAAAAACUGCAAUGGUGGUGGAAGAGCCUCAUGAGAAGAAAGGCUGUUGCUGAGUUCUCCGGGUUAGGCAUCACCAUUGACGGCGUGCGGGACACGUCUUUUGACCAAGUACUCGAGCUGUUGGCGCAAGAAGAGGUCCUCGUACAGACCGCCCGUAUCCUCAGGAUAUGCGGCUUGCAGGAGGGCGAGACGGGGUCGGUCGAGGAGAUGGCCGCCGUUCGCACAUUUCUCAGCGCUUUCCUCAUUCUGGGCCACCCCACGCAGGUUCUGAGUAACAAGGACGGCACGGGGGAUAGGGAACAGGUUGGAUUGUCACAGCCUCAACCAAUGCCCCGUAAUGACCUUGCUAAUCCACAGCUGCAGGACCUCGUGACGAAAGCCCGAGAUCUCCUAAUUUCUUUCGAGAACAUCAUGUCGCGUCUGACCGCAGCCAACAAUUAUACCCCCCCGCCGACUCUACGUAGUGCACUGCCCGAGAUUUAUGCCACUUUCUACAAUGCGUUCCUUGCAUGGAAGUCUCGGGACUCAGAGUCUCUUGUUCAGCUGAUGCUCUUGCAGUUUGUUGAGCUGGACAUGAUUUUGCAGACGGUCCAGGAAAGCACCGAAGACGCGGCCGCAGAGCAAUACCGAGAGAGCAUUAAGAGCAAUCAAGUUCAGCUGAUUGUGCGGAUCAAGAAGCUUGCGGGCCAGGAAAAGGGCAAGAAGAUGAUUGGCGAUGCCGUUCGCAAGGCUCGCAAGGCGCGAGCCGCAAAGAAGCCCACUGGCGAUAUGAAGCCUCGGGUCGCCGAAAACGUGCCCGGAGAGGCUUCCGCUACUGCCGAAAGCCUUGUGUCGCCGGAUUCGCAGACCUUGACACCGCCGCCAACGCCGGCCAAGGGUCAUACCAAACCACAGCCCAUUGAGAUCAAGCCUGGGUUCGGCGGCCUGUUGCCCGAUAACAGGAUUGUUGUCCACGAGCUUGCCAUUAACCGAGAAUACCGCAUCCCUUCAAGCGAAUACCGGGAACACCACGCUGCCGUCCAGAUACCCCUAUUUGCCGGAAUGAGAGCAAGCAUUGAGGAAGACAAUAUGGACGCUAGCUUUGCAUAUUUUGUCAUCAUGAUGAAAUAUCUCAAGGACAAUCUGCAGCGGCUCGUCAAGCCCGGUGCCUACAUGCACACAACGAUUAGUGAGAUACUGGAUGUCGAGGUGGCCGAGCGGCAGUUCCAGAUGGGGAACUUCUCAUAUGAGAAGUUUUUUACUUCCAUGGCAAACCUCUUGCCCAAGUUGUGCGCGCCAUUCCGCGACGAUGAGGCCAAGGAUUUGGUAGAAAACAAACUUCAAAAAGGGAGCUUGGUUGAUCGCGUGGAAGCAUUGACAGAAUUUGUCGAUUUCAUGUUGUGCGACUACGUCAACUACAUGUUCUCCACUGCAGCUCCUCAGUUGAUUGAGUCUGCAACAGGGUAUGAGAGGAAGAGGUUCACUGGGGCGCUUGAGAGCGGUGCACACGAUUUGAGCGCGGCCGAGACGGCCUGGCGUUCUGCACGCUCCAAGGUUCUGGCGGAGGCUCGAAAGAGAGACCCGGAGGGCAUCAAUCACCCCAAGAAUCGGCCAACGGACGACAAAAUAUACGCACAGUUGCUCGUCGACAGUUUCACGCAGCCGGCUCCAAUCGCCGUUGACAAAGUGCCCGAGAUGUUGGGCUUGGACUACAAGCGCAUGGUGCGGCUGUCCCUGGCCUCGCAGCGUAUUGUCACCACCGGGGCCAUUUUACUGCAAUGCAAGAACCUCCUGAAGCGAGACGUCCGCACGCCGUGGAAGACGGAGGCAACACGGAUCACAGCGGUGCUUGAGGCAGAUCACGACAAUGUCGAAUCGACAGUACAGGGUGUCAUGGCGGCACUCGAGGCUGGCAGGUCUAUGCCAGCAGCGACCAAGACGCACCUGAAAGCCCUCGUUACCAAGGUGCUGAAGGCUAGCCAAGACUCGAUGAAGAAGAGCAUCGAGCCGACAGAACCCGUUCUGCGGCUUCUCCUGGCCAGGCUCAGGGGCCACAUGAACGCCAGGUUGACUGCUGGAUCAGCAAAGGAGAAGCUCAACGCGGCCACGACUGCGCAUGAGAAGCUGGCGGGUCUUGGCCUGGCGGAGUUCGCGGUGCAGGUUCGGGAGAUGCUGGACGAGAUAUCCAAGGUCGGAGCCGUCGACAGAGCGGCCCACGGAUCGUGGUGGAACGAAGUCGCGGCCAAGGUGGCGGCGGAGGGAGGAGCAACGGGCGCUAGCGCCAGCGCCGGCAGUUCGGCAUAA